AGAUUGUUGCGGUUACACCUUUUGAUAGAUGACAGUUGUUAAAACACUGAUAUAAACAGUGAGGUGCAGAAUGUAUGUCAAACUGAUGAUCCUCGCCUGCCUGGCAGUCCAGACUUACGCCUCGAGGUUAUGCCCCACCAAAUGCACCUGCUACUUGGACCAGAAAGGAAGAACAUCCGUUCUGUGCAAAGAAGGAGGCAUGGUGGGACCCCUGAACCUCAACAACGUCAGCCUGGACACGGAGGUGAUCAAAAUCAUCGCACCCGAAGACAAUAUGAACGAGCUAACCAUGAGUCCCGUUUUCCAAAGUUACAAGAACUUGGAGGAGAUCCACAUCACCAAAUCCAACGUUCCCCAGCUGGGCAUGCACUUCUUCUGGGGACUCGAUAGGCUCGAUGUCCUGAAUUUGACCCAGAACAACAUCACCCAACCCCUGGAUCAUAACUUUAGGGGGUUAUCGAGGUUGAAGGAACUGUAUCUGGACGAUAACAGGAUAAUCUCUUUACCCAGUGGAACUUUCAGACAUUUGCGCGAACUCAAGGUGUUAUCUGUACAGAGGAACAGGAUAGAAGAGCUCACUCCGCGCAUCUUCCUAGAAAUAGGCAAGUUGAAAGUUCUGAAACUCAGCGGCAACAAUCUUAAGGUGCUGAAUCCCGAAGUAUUCAAGGACGUGCAGGAGCUGAGACAUCUAGAAUGCCGCGGUUGUACCUUAAACCAACUAGACAACGACAUCUACCACCUGCUACCUCAUCUAGCAUACCUGGACCUUGGAAAUAACUACAUUUCAACUCUACUACCAGAAGAAAUGAAAGACUUAACUCGUCUGAAACAUUUCAAACUGGACGGUAACCAAAUCACCACCAUCCAUGAUUCCACAUUUGCACAACAAUUUGCUCUGAGAAAAUUGAAUCUAGCCCGCAACCAAAUCGAAAGGAUAUAUCCGAAUGCAUUUGAGAACCUUGACAACCUGACGGAGUUGGAUCUGGGAUACAACAAGUUGGAGAGACUUGGAUUCUUGGAACCAGUAGCUGAUACCCUCGAGGUGCUAGUUCUAAGCGGGAACCGUUUAAGAGUUACUGCGUUACAGGAGCUCCUGAAGGUUGAAUCUUUGAGAGAGCUCCGCUUGGCGGAGUGUGGGCUUGCGGACAUCCCACUCGAUAUCUUCCCCAAGGGUUUAUCUGUGCUGGAUUUAUCAGGAAACUACUUGGGAGCUCUUCCAAGUGAACUGCUUCCGCCGAUUUUAUCCGAGCUUGAUUUGUCCAGUAACAGAUUUCGAGGACUGGGUGAGGAUGUACUGAUUCUGUUGGACAAUAUACAAACGUUGAGACUGAAUAAUAACUCUUGGUCUUGCGACCUUUGCCAUAUCGUUCCUUUACUAGACAGAAUUAAUCGCAGCGCGGUUUUUCGAGAUAUAAUCUGCCUGGGACCUUACACAGUCAGAAAUAAGAAACUUGGUUUCAUCCAGAAGAACGAACUGACGUGGUGUACCGCUUCCAGCCACACCACCAGCGAUGCCAACUUCUACUUGAUCGGUGAAGACGGUAAAGUGGGGAUAAUAGCCGCGAGCACCUCCGUAUGUCUCCUUUUCCUCACCGUGUUGGCUAUAGUAGGAGCCUUGUGUUACUCCAAACGCCAUGCUGCGAAGUACUACACUCACGAAGAUAAACUAGCGGUCGAAGGCGAGUCCAUAUUCGACAACAAUCACAGUCCCCUGUUCUGCGAUGGAGAGUUGAGCUUCAAAUUUCCGCUUGACACUAGCGAGAAGAAAGUGUCGAUAGCCACCAUCGACGAAAUAAAGAAGGAGCACACAAUCACCAAUGGGUCUUGA